AUCCGGCGCCUCUUUUCAUGUUUCCUGCUCGUGCUUUUCUUGCCUCUGGCAGAACGGUAUGUUCCGCAAAACCUGCCCAACCUUCACCAGUAAUGGGAUGUUUAGCACCUUCAGCGCCAAUGUUUUCGUGAGCCGCCUUUGUAUCCCGCCUUGAGGCGCAUUUCGACGCAGCAAAUACCGCCAAGAAGACCGUUGCCAAAUGCCCAAAUGCUCGCCGAGAUGCAUCGAAGAAAGAACAGGAGCUUGUUGAUGUAUUCUUCUGCGGUCAUAGUAGUUGCACUGGGUGUGACAUAUGCCUCUGUCCCUUUGUACAGGAUGUUCUGCGCUGCUACAGGUUUCGCUGGGACUCCCAAUGUCAGCGGGCGCUUUGAACCAGAAAGACUGGUUCCCGUCGAGGAUUCACCGCGAAUCAAGGUUCAUUUCAACGCAGACAAGUCCGAGCAGCUACCUUGGACGUUCAAACCAAUGCAAAAGAUCGUGAAUGUCCUUCCGGGCGAAUCUAGCUUGGCCUUCUACGUAGCGAAGAACAAUUCGAAAGAAGAUAUCAUUGGCAUCGCGACAUAUAAUGUUACCCCAGAUCGAGUCGCUCCGUAUUUCUCCAAAGUUGAAUGCUUCUGUUUCGAGGAACAGCGUCUUUUAGCUGGAGAGGAGGUUGACAUGCCUAUUCUUUUCUUCAUUGACAAGGAUAUCCUAGAUGAUCCUUCAUGUCGAGAUGUUCGAGAUGUUGUCUUAUCAUAUACAUUCUUCAGGGCGAGAAGGAACAAAUUUGGCCAUCUAGAACCUGAUGCCCAGGAAGAUGUUCUUCAAAAGUCUCUGGGCUUUGGCGAAUAUGAACAUGCACCAAAGGCUGAAUCUCGCGAAUAAACUCGUUCUUUGUUUUAUAUACGUUUCUUGGAUAAUUGCAAACGCGUGAUUAAUGCGUCUUUGUACUGUAAAACGUGAAAAAUCAAG